AUGGAUCAGAUUGAUAAGUAUAAGCGAGUGGAGGAAGACCAGUUGCAAGGUAAAGGAAAAGAGAAGCAAUCAAGGGCUCCGGUUUCGCCCCCUGACACAACUGCCGAAGAGGCGAAAUGUGAAGAUUUGGAAGAGGUGGUUAUUGGUGGUGACCCGGAGAAAUUCUUUCGGGUAGGGGCUCAGCUGCCUCUUCAGGAGAAGGAGGAGUUGGUUGAGUUUCUCAAAAGAAAUAUUGAUGUAUUUGCAUGGGAUGCCUGCGAUGCUCCCGAGAUUGACCCAGCCUUCAUCUGUCAUCAUCUUAAUGUCAACCCGACCAUCACCCCCAAGAAGCAACCACCUCGUCGCCCGUCAAGAGAGCAUGUCAAUGCAAUUAGGGACGAAGUGGCGAAGCUUAAGCGUGCUGGGGCUAUCAAAGAGGAGAAAACAACCUUUGUGACACCAACUGGGAACUACCACUACAAGGUAAUGCCGUUCGGUCUGAAGAACGCAGGGUCUACUUAUCAAAGGAUGAUGACAAGAAUGUUCGAGUCGCAGUUGGGCAAGAGCAUCGAAAUCUAUGUCGAUGAUAUGGUGGUGAAGAGUACAGUGGUGUCCGAGCAUUUAGGAGACCUCGGCAGCACCUUUGGCGUCUUAAGGAAGCACAAACUGCGCCUAAAUGCUUCUAAAUGCUUAUUUGACGUGGGAUUAGGCAAGUUUUUGGGCUACACGGUUACUUAUAGGGGAAUUGAGGUUAACCCUGACCAAAUCAAGGCUAUAAAUGACCUAAAACCACCGCAAAACGCGAAGGAGGUCCAAAAGCUUACUGGGAUGAUUGCAGCCCUCAAUCGAUUAAUUUCCAGGUCGGCAGAUAGAUGCAGACCGUUCUAUCCCUUGAUCAACAAGUGGAAAGGGUUUGAGUGGUCCGAGGACUGUAUUGUUGCCUUCCAGCAACUCAAGGAGUACCUAUCCAGGUUGCCUAUCAUGUCCAGUCCCGAGGCCGAUGAAGUUCUAUACGCAUAUAUUGCUGUGGCCCCCCAUGCUGUGAGCUUGGUGCUAAUACGGGAUGACAAUGGCCUUCAAAAGCCAGUCUAUUACGUGAGCAAGUCGCUGCAUGAAGCUGAGGUCAGAUACCUACCCUUGGAGAAGGCCAUACUGGCUAUGGUCCACGCUACACGAAAGCUUCCUCAUUAUUUCCAAGCCCACACAGUGGUUGUUCUAACCCAACUACCCUUGAAGUCUGUACUUCGAACCGCUGAUUACGCUGGAAGGAUUGCCAUAUGGAGCACAAUUCUGGGAGCUUUUGACAUCAAAUACAUGCCUCGGACCUCUAUAAAGGGCCAAGUCCUAGCUGACUUGGUGGCCGAAUUUGCUGAACCACCAGUAGAAAUAGUAGCAAAGGAGUGGAACAUGGAUGGAAAAUCAGUUGGAGUAAUCUCUAUGCCAGGACCCCUAUGUUGGAAGGUGUAUGUUGAUGGCGCAGCAAAUCAAAGGGGGUCCGGAGUGGGACUAGUCCUAAUAUCUCCUGAGAAGACUAUCAUAGAGAAAUUCCUGAGACUUGGGUUCUCGGCCACGAACAACGAAGCCGAGUAUGAGGCCUUGCUACAAGGAAUUGCCAUGGUGCAGAAAAUGGGAGGAAAAGUAGUGGAGAUGUUCUCGGACUUGAGACUAGUAGUGGGCCAGGUAAAGGGAGAGUUAGAGGCCAGAGACGUAAGGAUGCAAGAGUACUUAAGCCAGGUCAAACGCUUGCAGUCAGACUUCGAUCUUUUCAGCUUGUCGCACGUCUCCAAAAGUGGAAACACUCAUGCAGAUUCAUUGGCCAUGCUUGCCACCUCCUCGGCAGGGGGUCUGCCUCGAAUUAUUCUUGUCGAGCAUUUGGAUAGAGCAAAUGAAGUAGCCGAAGGCAUGGUCCAUAUCCAUGAGGUUAGAGUGGGUCCUUGCUGGAUGGACCCUAUGGUGAGGUUCCUCAAAGAUGAUAUCUUGCCCAAGGAAAAGUCAAAGGCUGAAAAGAUACGAAGAAAAGCUCCUUGGUUCUGGUUGUCCAAGGACCACAAAUUGUACAAGCGCUCGUAUUCCGGGCCAUAUUUACUGUGUGUCCACCCUAAGGCAUCAGAACUACUGCUUGAAGAGCUGCACGAAGGGAUUUGCGGGAGUCACACAGGAGGAAGAUCUCUGUCGCACCGAGCCAUUACCCAGGGGUAUUGGUGGCUGGGGAUGCAGAAGGAAGCCCUGGAAUAUGUUAAAAAGUGUGACCAGCGCCAAAGGUUCACCCCAAAUAUUCAUUAG